GUGGCACAUCGUGGACACGCAUAGACCAAAACCACAGGCACAUCGAGGCGACCCUAAACCGUAUCCCGAACCAAACCACAGGAACAUCGCGACCCUAAACCAUAUAUUGACUCGAACCACAUCAGCCGGGACGUCCUCGGAUUCUCACGACUCUGCGGCCAGCGACGUCACCUGUUAAAUGGGAUAUCUGUUUGAAAUCGGACAUCAUGUAAACAUGUGUUCAUAACCUCAGUCCUUUAUAGUCUAACUGUGGCCAAUAUUACAGGGGGGGCGGGCGACCAUCACGUGCAUCAGUUCGUCUAACGCUGACGCGUUACUUCUGGACCGAGCCUCCUUAGACCAAGCCCCCUCCGCUCCCUCAGACGAGCACCCUCAGACCAAGAUGGCGUCUCUAUGAGCGACCCGGACUUCUGGGUCUGCCCGCAGUGCCAGCAGCCCUUCCUCUCGCGGUGCCCCGCCCACGGGCCUCCGCUCCUGAUCCAGGACAGCCCCGCCCCCCCGGGCCACGCCGGCCGGGCGCUGCGCUCCGCCCCCCCUGGCCUGCGGGUGGGGUCGGAGGGGGGUCAGGUGGAGGUGCGCUGCGGGGCCCAGAGCAUCCCCCAGGGGGCCGUGUUCGGGCCCUACGAGGGAGAGCUGGUCCCCAGGGACCGCUCCACUGCACACUCCUGGAUCAUCGUUGAUGUCAACAACUCUUAUCACUCCAUUGAUGGGAGCGACGAAACCAAAGCCAACUGGAUGAGGUACGUGCGAAUCUCGUCGGAGAACACGGAGCGGAACCUGACAGCGUUCCAGCGCGGGGGGCAGCUGUACUUCAGCGCCAGCCGGCCACUGUUGCCUGGCAACCGGCUGCGGGUGUGGUACGGAGACGACUACAUCACACGCCUGCACAGCCUAUCAGAGCAGAGCAUCGACUGCAGCCUCCACCCAGGGUCUGACUGGAGACGGGGGGGUCUGCAGUGUUGGCGGGGCCCCGACGGCGAGGCUCCUCCUGCUGCUGACAGGACGGAGACUGACGGCGCCUCCAGAAGAGUCCAGGCCUUUCUGGAGAGCCAACCCGGCCUCAAGCCUCUCUCAGGUCCUCCGCCCAGCCGACUGGGCAAGAGAAGGCGUCUGUCUGCAGAGGCCCUGCGACCGGUGAAGGAGGAGCAGGAGCAGUCCUCCACCUCUUCGUGUCCCAACUGCAUCAAACUGAGGCUGAGAAUCUUCCAGCUGGAGGCAGAGCUUCACCUGCUAAGAGGGAAGGAGAUGGACCCAGCUACGCCCCCAAACCCGGAGCAAGGACCAAUAGAAGACCUCCGUGACAUGGACCCGCUGACCCCCCCCCAGAUGGUCCUGGACGAAGAGGACCAGGACCUCGACUCAGCUGACGAGUCCUUCAACGCCGACCCGCUCAUCUCAGCCGGUGACUCGUCCAAACUGCCGCACCGCCGCACCCGCCGCUUCAAGCAGGAGUGGCUGAGGAAGUUCUGGUUCCUGCGCUACUCGCCGGCGCUCAACGAGAUGUGGUGCCACGUGUGCCGGCAGUACACAGUGCAGUCGGCGCGCACGUCGGCCUUCAUCAUGGGCUCCAAGCAGUUCAAGAUCCACACCAUCAAGCUGCACAGUCAGAGCAACCUGCACAAGAAGUGUCUGCAGCUGUACAAGCUGCGCAUGCACCCCGAGAAGACGGAGGAGAUGUGCCGGAGCAUGACGGUGCUCUUCAACGCCGCCUACCACCUGGCCGUGGAGGGCCGGCCCUUCUCGGACCUCCGGCCGCUGGCGGAGCUGCUGAGGAGGUGUGAGCUGAAGGUGGUGGAGCACUACCUCAACGAAGGAGAUUGCCAGAUCCUCGUUCAUCACAUCGCCCGCACCUUAAGGGAAGACCUCGCAGAGAAGAUGCGUUUGUCUCCGUUCCUCAGCGUCCUCAUGGACUGUCAGAAUGAGGACCUGUUUCCAGACACGCUGGCCUUCUACGUCCAGUUCACUACAAACGACGGUUCCCCCAACACAGAGUUCCUCUCGCUGCAGAAGCUGAGCCAGGCCAGCGCCGAUGGCUAUCUCCAAGCCAUCGAGCGGGCGUUCUGUGUCUUUGGCCUUCGGUUCCAGGACUUGCUGGUGGUCGGCGUGGGGAUGGACGGUGCCCCCAUGUCAACAGGCAUGCGAGGCAGUAUGUUUGUCGCCAUGCAGAGGGUUCUCCCCUGGCUCCUCUCCCUUCCCGUCAUGAUCCACCGGCCUCAUCUGGAGGUGUUGGAUGUCAUCAGUGGCAAGGAGCUGUCCUGCCUGGAGGACUUGGAGAACAACCUGAAGCAGCUCCUGGGUUUCUACCGCUACUCCCCUCGUAUGAUGGCCGAGCUCCGCCUGACCGCGCCCACGCUGUCGGAGGAGAUGGAGUUCCUCGGAGACAUCCGAGCCGUUCGUUGGAUCAUCGGGGAGCCGAACGUCCUCAACGCCCUCAUCAAGGACUACCUGGAGGUGGUGGGUCAUCUGAAGGAUGUCAGCCGCCAGACGCAGAAGGCCGACGCCGCCGCCGUCGCCCUCACACUCCUCCACUUCCUGCUGGACUACCAGUCGGUAAAGCUCAUCUAUUUCCUCCUGGACGUCAUCGCUGUUCUGUCUCGUUUGGCAUUUACCUUCCAGGGCGACUACCUCCUGGUAUCGCAGGUGAACGACCGGAUCGAGGAGUCGAUGGUGGAGAUCGGGCAGCUUGUGGAUCGUCCUGGGGAGUACCUGCAGGAGUUUGAAGAGAACUUCCGUGAAAGUUUCAACGGUGUCGCUCUGAAGAACCUGUGUGUCGCAGAGUCCAAGUUCCAGGCCAUUCGAGAGAAGAUCUGCCGGAGGAGCCAGGGCAUCUUGUCCCAGAGACUGGACCCCCUGAGCAGUCCUCUGGCCAGAGCCUGCCGGGUGCUGGACUUCUCCUCCUGGCCCCGGGCCACCGAGGACCUGCACUCGUAUGGGGAUGAGGAGAUCCUUUUGAUAUUCAACCAUAUGGAGUCCAUUCCAUCGGUCCCCUGUGAGGGCCAGGCGAGGUCAGAGGCCCAGGGCAACCUGCUGGUGGAGUGGAGAAGUCUGAAAGCCGACUUCUGCAGCAUCGGCUCCAAAGAGCUUCUAGGUCACCUCUGCAAGCACAGACAGCGCUUUCCUCUUUUGUGUCGGGUCGCCCAGCUGGUGCAGGUGCUGCCCACGUCCACCGUCUGCUGUGAGAGAGGCAGAGGCUCCUUGCAAAAGAUGUACCAAAACAGCCGCUCCAGGCUGGGUCUGGACCCGAUGAACGACCUGCUCACCCUGGCCAUCAACGGGCCGCCCAUCGCCAGCUUUGACGGGAAGCGAGCUCUGGACUCCUGGUUCGAGGAGAAGUCUGGGAGCUCCUCCUUGCUCUCAGCUGAGAUCAUAAACAGGAUAUCGAAAUCUCAACAUGAGUCCAGCGACGCUAAUACAGACAUCUUGCCCGAUACCUGACCUUGGACCCUGAUACCUGACCUUUGACCCUGAAUCCUGACCUUUGACCCUGAAUCCUGACCUUCCACCAUGAUACCUGACCUUUUACCCUGAUACCUGACCUUUGACACUGAAAACUGACCUCUGACCCUGAUGCCUGACUUUUCACCCUGAUACCUGACCUUUCACCCUGAUACCUGACCUUUCCCCUAUUCAACACGUUUUAUUCCAUCUGAAUGUACAAGAAACGUGUGAAAUAAUGAAUGUUGUACGGGAACAAUCAGAGAAUGUGCACACAAGGAAUGUUUGUACACAAGGUAAUAAAGGAGCUGAAGCUAUGAUGGGA